ACAGCGAUGGCAGGCCCCCGGCACCCGGUGUUUGUGAGCGGGGCAGCUCUGGUACAGACAAACAGGCUCCAGACGUUCGCCUUUUCCGUGUGCUGGUCGGAUGACGGCGACACCUUUGCACGAAGAAGCUGGGAGGAGUUCAGGAGACUCCAUAAAACCCUCAAGGAGACCUUUCCAGUGGAGGCGGGUCUGCUGCGGAGAUCUGACCGCAUUCUCCCCAAGCUUCCAGGUCAGGCCAGCACAGAUGCAUCGUUGUUGGUGCACUGGGGCUGCACUGGCCGAGGCCUGGCGCGCCUGCAGCUGCUGGAAACCUACUCAAGGGCGCUGCUGGCAGCAGGGGAGCGUGUGGCCCACAGCCCGGUGCUCACUGGCUUCUUUGCACCACAACCCAUGGACUUAGAGCCUGUGCUGCCAGCUGGCAGCCUGGUGAUCCUGCCUGCCCCGCAAGAGCCCCUGCCAGGCCCCACGGGCAGCCCUGCCAUCCGCAGCCUGGAGGCUCAGAGCCUGCGCUGCCUGCAGCCCUUCAGCACCCAGGACACGUGGGGCCAGCCCUUCCAUGCUCGGGCCCAGGAAGCCCUAGAUGUGCUGCUGCGACACCCCUCAGGCUGGUGGCUGGUGGCGAAUGAGGACCAGCAGACGGCAUGGUUUCCUGCUCCCUACUUGGAAGAGGUGGCCCCGGGCCAGGGACAAGAUGGGGAAUGGUCCCUAGGGAGCAGUGGGUCCCAGUUCUGUGCUUCCCAUGCCUACGAGAGCAGCCAAGCUGAUGAGCUGUCUGUGCCCACAGGGGCACGCGUGCGUGUGCUGGAAACGUCAGACCGUGGUUGGUGGCUGUGCAGGUUCCAAGGCCGCACUGGUCUUCUCCCAGCUGCAAUGCUGCAGCCUGAUGGGCUGGGCACACUCCUCAGCGGACCAUGGCUCCACCUCAGGGUAGAUGGUGGGGAGGACAGGGAGGGCGAGGCCCAAAGCUCCCCCAAGUCCCCCCAGGCCACGACCCUGACGCCUACCGUGCCUGCCCGACCAUCUCGGAGUGCCAUUCAGAGCCGCUGCUGCACCAUCACCCGUAAGGCACUGGGGCAGGACCCAGGGUGUCACGGACCCCCUUGAGAGUGUGUGACAUGUCGUGGAGGGCUGCGCUGUGCACCCCACAGCUGGAGCGGCAGGCCAGAGGCUCCAGACCCCAAGGAUGAUGGCUGGCAGCCACAUCAGCCUCAGGGCUGUGGGAUGCGCAGUUGAAGGGGGGACUCCCUGGCUGGUGGGGCAAGGAGACUACACUCUCCCUUGUCUUCUGAGUAAAGUUCUCCUGACUGACCCCCACCCAGUGUCUGUGCUGAGGAGCAGGGACUGGGGGAUCUUGGGCCAGAGUGUGGGGGUGGGGCUGGCUGGUGGGCCCAGCCUCAGGCUGGCUCAGGCAGUGGUCCAGGACCUGGGGUGAGACAAAGCCCAGACAGA